AUGAAGAUUCUGGAGAUCUCGCACCAAUUGCCGUGUGGAGUGGGCGCUGAGACCUCCAAAUGGGAAGGGACUGCUUUGGGUGGUUUUGACUGCAUCAGCGAGAUUCCCAAGUCGAAAUGGGAUCUCGAUGCGUUUGGACCUAAGACCCAAGGACAUCAAAUUGAACGACUCUUGGCGCUUGGUGCGCCCCUGGUUUUUGUGGUUCGCCUAGCUAUGACGGUCCUGUGGACCGAUGAUGUCAAGGCCCGGGCGGACGCCAAGGCGGAUGCCAAGGAGUCUCGCACAGAGUCCCGGACCGACGCCGAGACGGAAAGCACAGAGUUCGCCAGCGAGAUCGAGGCAGAGUCCUCGGCGGAGUGGGUGACGUCUCUGUGGCUGGAUGUAAAGCCCGCAGCAGAUAAAAACGAUGCGAAGAAGCGCCCAGUGCUCGAGCAAGUCACUGCUCUUGGCAGUGACAUCUUUAACGAAGAUCCCUUGGCUGGAUGCUCAAAGCGAGGCGGCUGGCGCCUGCAUGUUGCCGUGGGACAACGGAAUGAGCAGAUUGAGAUGAUGGGAUUUAUUGUUUUUCGCAUCAAGCCAGAAAGGAACGCUUUGAUCAUUGCGCAGUUGGCUGUUCCGGAGGAACAUCGCCGCAUGGGCUUCGGUAGUUUGCUGCUGAAAACGUUGAUCGCAGAGGCCAAGCGCCUUCCCGAGAUUCACAGCAUCGGCUUGUCCUCCCUGCCGGGGUCCAUCAAAUUCUACAAGAGGCAUGGCUUCAAGUUGAUGCAUCGACUUCCGGAUUCCGAAGCGAAGGCGGAAGGUCAGGUCUACAUGGAACUGAAGACUCCCAGCAAGAAGAAGAAGCUUUCAGCAUACUUCGAUGUUGACUGCGGCAUUUUGCUGCCUGCUUGUACUCGAACUUUUCACCGGGGAUUCCUUUGUUUGACAUACUGUGACUGUAGGGGUAACAAGUUGGACCCCUCUAAAGUCCCGUACAAAGCCAGUGACUUUGUGCCGCUCGACCGCGCCGGCAACAAAGUAAGCGCUCAGCGACCACAGCUCCCAGCUGUCCUGAGCCAACUUGCCAUGGCGGCGUUUCACUCGUGGCAGCAGGUGGCACAGGUUGAGGCUCCUGGCCGCCGUGGGCCCCUUGUGGGCACGGUGAAUCGCUGUGCGGGGAGUGCAAAAAGGUAUUUCGAUCCAGACCCUGGCAGUCGCGAUGACUUCAAGAUGUACACGAGGCACAUGGGUGUGCUCGAGAGUUUCGGGUCCAUGAGCUUUGAGGAGCUCUCAGCCUUUGGCCUCAGCCAGGACGACCCUCGGCAAUCACUUCUGCUUCAUUCGGUCCAAGACUGCCUGGGGAAAUCAGGUUUGAGCAAGCAAGAGCUCAGAGGGCAAAAUCUCGGUUUCUUUUGCGGCUUGUCUGGCAAUGAAAUGUACCAUGAGCUGAUGACAGGUGAUGUGAAGUCGCUUGGUCGAGCUGCGCAGGGAUUGCUGAGCAACGCUGGCUACGUUAACCGCAUCGCAUGGUUUUACGGUACGAAAGGGCCCAGCAUUUGCAUAGACACCGAAGAGUCCUCUGGUGCGGCCGCGAUGGAUACUGCACUGAACUACGGCCGUGAGACUCGUUGCAGCAAAGCUGUGGUUUGCAGCAUGCAAUUGAUCCAGCACCCUGUGACACUGAUUGUCUGCUGCGCCAUGGGCCAACUUUCUGCCACGGGGCGAGGACGAGCCUUCGAUGAAUCAGCAGAUGGCGUUGUGCGCAGUGAAGGCAUGUGGAUUGAUCUGUACAGUCUGAGGUAUCUUCUGGCUGUAAGCUCUCAUGGCCCUGGGUUUUACCAGGAAGCGAACUUGCAUCGUUACACAAGAUGCUUGUUCGUUUUGCGCCAUGCCCCAGAAGUAUCCAAGGACGUCUUCGUGGGUGGUCAACACCAUCCAACCAUCGUCGUGGUGAAUCACCGCGAGCCACACAUGCAGAUGCCACCAUCGCAGCAGCCUCCCGGGCCCAAAAGGAGAAUCUCAGAUGUGCCUCUUCAGCCUUUUCAGGACACCUCUGCUGAGUUUGUAAGACUGGAGCGACGCACGCCACAUCAUUUUGUGCUGCCCUUCUUCGAUGUGAACAUUGGACACGCCAUCAAAAAUCAGGGCUCCAUGAAUCAUUUGCAGAGCUACCAGAUGCAGAUGCUGUUGAGACCCGGAGACGUGGCCAUCGACGUGGGCGCAAACUUGGGCUGCUACACUGUAGCCUUGGCUGAGGCGGUUGGGCCCAAGGGCCACGUCAUUGCCUUUGAACCUUUCCGCUGGCUUCAUCAGUUGGUGGUGGCCAAUGUGGCCAUCAACGGUCUGCAGAAUGUUUGGCCGGUGAACGCGGCUUUGGGUCAAGCUGAAGAGCGCAUGCCGCUAUACCCGCCGCAGUUGCGCUUCUUUUCUUCGCCUGGCGGGGUGCGGCUGAAAGGACAACAGCAGGAGCUGCAGUCCAAGCACCAGCAUGAAUCUUUCCAGCUGUACGACCUCUUAGCUCAAGAGCUGGAGACAGUGCGUGUGCUGCGCUUGGAUGAUCUCUUGCUGGAUCCUGAAAAAGCUCAAAGCUGGGCCUUGCCACUGGUGCAAGACGUCAGGCUGAUCAAGAUUGACGUGGAAGGAAUGGAGGUGGCAGUGGUUCAAGGUGCUCUGGGAGUGAUCAGCCAGUUUCGACCAAUCAUUUGGGCUGAAAACAAUGCGUAUUUCGACUCUGGUGGAAAGGACAUCGCAUUUCUUGAAGCCCUGUCCACAGUGGGCUACCAAUGCGCUCGCGCUGACUCUGCGCCGGGCGAUGUGAUUUGCACCGAUGCAGCAGCUGAUUGGAGGUGGUCGAGGGCACCAGAUCCCGUGAAUGCCGUGAACACCGUGAACCUCGUGGAAAAAGGCAUGCGCUUCAGUUGUUUUGUGCAGCGAUUGGGACAUGCGGCGACGCUUAACGUGUUUCGAUAUGAUGAUCCUGGCCGUGGUGGGUGGCCAUUGCUCUUGAGCGGAGUGCGAAUGGGCUUGCGGCUUGCCUUUAGCAUUUUUGAAUCUGUGAAUGCCAAGCUGGCGAAGAAUGCGAAGAGCGCCGCGCGGGUGACACUGGACUUGUGGGAGGAAGAACUUCAAGAAGAAGACUUGACGAAGACAAGGAUCAUCGUAGCUGGUUCUGCCCUAAACUCACGCGGUCAGAGCUCCAGUCUUACCACUCCCAGUGGUCCUGCCAUGCAAGAUCUCAUUCAUUCUGCGCUCAAGGACGCGAAGUCUCCUGCGUGCAUUGUUGAUGCCAUCGAGGUGAGCGCAGGUGGCAACUCGCUGAUGGAUGCGGUCGAGUUGGGUGUCUUAAGGAAGACCCUUCAGAGCGAGCGCAGCAAGGUGCUGUGCUCUUUCAAGUCUGUCAUUGGAGAGACAGGACCGCCCAGCGGCUUGGCAGCCAUGGUGAGAGCUUGUCUCAUGGUGGAGAAGGGCGCGCGGUCCAAGGGCAAACGAGUUUACCAUCGAGUGUUCGGACCGUCGCAUCAGCAAUGGAAAUGGGUGAAAGAUAUGCUGAACAUUUUGAUCAUCAAUCAGCGCCUGGAAACUUCACUGGCUCGGGCGAAGGAACUUCAGCAGUACGCUGAGGAGAUCGUUUUUUUGGCCAAGAAGAAUUCGGCCUACCACGAUGGUCUGGUGGAGAGUAUGCUCACAUCGCCUGAGGCGAGGCAAAUCCUCUACGAGCGCCUGCUGCCAAGAUACAAAGAUCGACACUUCCACGUCUCUCGUGUUGUGAACCUUUGGAAGUACCGGCAACGUGACACCACACCCAUGGCUGUCUUGGAGUAUGUGGAUCGCCCUGGCGAAUUGCGACCGGCCAACCCUGUGGGGGCAGCACGGAAGCAACAUGUGGCCAUGGAGUUUCUGGAAACGCGGCGAAGUCGACGGAAGCAUUUGUCAGAGGUGCAGAGGAUGCUGGACAAGAGCAGCAAGAAACCUCCUUUGGAUGAAGCAGUUCUGGAACGUUUGCGCUUUGAAUGCUCCAAAUAUGAAGGCGAGCUGGAGACUGGCAUGAAUGUAUUCCGAGAUCCAUCCAAGAUACAACGAAAGCUGCUGAGUGGUCCUUCCAGUGAUUUGAACACGAACAAAUCGCUGCACAGCGGUCUGAAGGCUUCCAUAGAACAACCAGCGACGAGACUGAGGUGCCGCAUUGAAGUGAUUCAGCCUGGCCUCCUUUAUCCCCGAGAGCUUGAGGAGGCCGAUGAAAGCCAAGCCUGCGCUCUGGUGGGUCACGACGAUGGUCGCAUCCAAUUGGUGGACGUUGCAACGGGCCAUGAGCUGAAACUUUUCGAUGGACACAAGGACUAUGUCACUUGCCUCGAUUUGCACUGGCCAAAGGAAGUAGUAAGUGCAGCAGCAGAUGGCACUGUGUUCCAUUGGAAUUUGGAGGAUGGCAGCGGUGUGGAGCUCACUCCGCCAGAGGACUUUCUGAAUUGUUGCAUUCGGAGCCUGAGAGUCGAAUGGAACGAGAAGAGGUUGGCCAUCACUGGGAAUGAUGACGGCUACUUCGUCGUUUGGAAUUUGACGACUCAUGAAGCAGAGAGGGUUCUCUCUUGCAAGGUCGGAAUGAUAUUUUCAAUCUGCACAGAUUGGACCAAGAUGAGGAUGCUGGUAGGCCAUGGGGACAACGAUAUGGAUUUGUUGAGCUUGAAAGAUGGCAGCAGACUGAAGGCCUAUCCAAUUAAGCACUAUUUGGUCACGGUAAUCGAAGUUUGUUGGCCCAAAGCUCGUGCCCUGGUGGGCUUCGACAACGGUGUCUUACAGAUUUGGGGUCUUCCAAUGGCAGCAUCUCAGAGUUCCUUGAAAGGUCACAAGGACACCAUCACGGCUCUCUCUGUGCAAUGGAAGUUGAAAAGAGCCAUUUCUGGUUCCCAGGACAAAUCUGCACGACUUUGGAACAUCCAAAGAUCUGAAUGCAUCAGGGUGAUCAGCGGUCACCUCACCGGCCUCCGGAAUCUCUGUGUCGAUUGGGAUCUGGGUGUGGCACUCUCCAGUGCCUGGGAUGGAGAGAUGCAACUCUGGGAAAUCGCCGACGAAGUAGACUCGGAUUUCGCCUUGCAAGCGGUUGGUGGCGACGUUCGGGCUGGAGGUAUCGCCUUGCUAACAGUCAAGGAGGUCAAGGACGAUAAUUCAGAAGAGGAAGCUGAAGAAAUCGAGGCAGACACCCGGGAUGCGUUCUGUCUCACUUGCGCGCUGAAACUGGCGUGCUAUGCCUUGGAUGGGGACAGGUUUGGCAACAGCGGCACCAAUGUGCAACUGGUUCUGAUGGGCAGUGGCCCUCAACCUCAGGACAAUUGGCAAACAGGCAAGGAGCUCUACUGGUUUCCCUCCAGCGCCGCCGAGAGCAAGGAGACCAGCUACUUCAUCAUCGGUAGCUUCAACUCAUGGGAGGAGCCGGUGAAGAUGGAGGUGGAAUCAAAGGGCGUUUACGCCUUUACCAUGGUCUUGGGCGAAAAUCGAUGGGAAACCUUCCAGAUUUGGGAGAAUGGUGAUCCUGACAAGGUGCUUCACCCUGGAAGUCACUGGGCUGAUCGGGAUCAGCAAGUCCUUGGGCCGUCGCGACAGGGAGUGUGCGGCCGCUUCUCCACUUGGCGGAUUUCUGGGAAGCCCACCAAGUUGCGUCUUCUCAAUGAAGAACAAGCACGAGACCUAGACAUUUGCCCCUGCGCAGAGGAGUUGCUUUCCUACUCGGGUGACAUCGAACUCCGCGUUCUCACGGCCUUUCCAGGCGACUACACACCUGACGGUGAAGAGUAUCCAGUUGUGGACCAAGAUUCCCAGCUACUGGGCAUGCCAGGGGAUCGAUAUCGCGUUUGGCUCCGCCUGGGCGGCAAAUAUCGAUGUGUGGAAUGGCAGAAGUUGCCUUCUGCAGUGCCGCAGGCUUUGCCGCUGUCGUCGUACUACGUUGCUGGAGACUUCAAUUUCUGGGAUUUCCAGCCCAUGGAGGAGGAGGAGGCCGCAGCCAGCAAAACACGACGUCUCUUCACUGAGGUGAAAUUGCGGAGUAGUGAUGAUGUGUUCCAGGUAGUGAGGAACAAGGACUGGGACCAGGCCUUCUACCCCGAGGCCGAGACCCAGAACCUUAGAGGUCCUGAUGGCUACGGCGUGGCAAAAGGCUGGUGUCUACCUGGCAAGGCUGGUGACGUCUUCAGGAUCCACUUCCAGCGGAGUUUGCCCUCCAGCGGAGAAGAUAAAAAGUCUGUCAGCUGGACUCUUCAGCCAAAAUCCUCCAGUCCCAGUCAGGAGCUGGCGCUGCCAAAGAGCUACUGCAUUGUGGGCUCCUGGAGCAACUUCGUUUCCAGGGAUCCCAUGAGAUUCGAUGAGGCAAAAUCAUCCUGGACGGCUGAAGUCGAGGUGGGAACAAGCGGCAUUGAGUUUUUCCAGAUUCUCCUGGAUGGCUGCUGGCUUGCUGCAGUCUACCCCAACAGCCACGAGGCAGAUUUCCGAAAGACUGGUCAUGCAGUGCUUGGCCCAGACAGCCGUGGUGGAAGCAGCUAUUGGCGCAUCCAGGAUGGUCUUGAGGCCGGAGAUCGAGUGGAGGUAGUUUUAGAGGCGGAGGUUGAUGCAAUGGCCAUGCCCAAGGCUAUUCGAUGGCACAAGGCCUCGUAG